UUUAUUGGCAACAAUAAUGGUCAGCAAAAUAUUGGCAACAUUGGCUGCUGGACAAACAACUAGUAGCACUAAUCAUCAUCACCAUCAUCAGCACCAGCAGCAGCAACAGCAACAUCAACAGCCUAAUCACAGUACAGUCAGUCUGCACGGAAGUAGCAAUACCAGUUACCAGCGUCUACAAGCCUCAACAACAACAGAAUCAAUCACAACAACGGUUACAGCUGCCGCUCGCCAGUGCAACUAUAACGCGCUCAACGGAUUGGAGCAGGACUCUGUCAUCAACAACGCCUCUAACAGCGUUAGUGGCCAUGAGCAACAGCAGCCAUUGAACUUAUCGCGAGGUCUGCUCUCGCCUUCGCCACCGCUCAACGAUCAAAUUAAUUUGCUAUUUCCCAAGUGCCGACCCAAACAACAGCAGCAGCAACAGCAGCAACAAAAGCAGCAGCUGAAUCCACAGCUAUCGAGCAACAACAAUCGACAGCAACAUGAACAAAUUGCGGAAGUAAAUCUGAACAGUGGCAGCAACCCACCAGCAGCAGCAGAGAUAAUAGGGAGAAAGUCACCUACUGUCACGUCCAUCAGCACGUCCAGCUACUAUAAAAGUGUGAAUAUAAUAACACAAUCUCCGCCACCGCAUUCAGCCUCGUCUCACUCCUCAGAGUCGGUAUCUUCGGUCACGCCGCGUAUAUCGACAAAUCCAUUUUUGUGUGCACCACUGACACCACCAACAGCGCCAACUGUUAUAGUGAACGGUGGUGAUACGGACAUCGACAGCAUUAUAUUGGCAGAGGACGAAAGCUUGCACCAACCGCAGCAGCAGUUGCAGCUGCUUACCGAAGAGUCGGUACCACAGACAGCAUAUCCAGCAUCUUUCUACUAUCAUACAGGCGAUAUCAGGCGUGGCUAUAGCUAUACAGAUAUGCCGCGCAAACGGAACAGUGCCAUAUCAGCCGAUAGGCAAAACCAACAUCUUGCGCUGCUUAACGGGAAUGGCAAUAGCAGCAGUAGCAGCAACAACACUGGCAACGGAAUUGCAACAAACAGCCAGAAUCCGUUUAUCAAAGAGAAUUACUGGGAGUCGGCUACUCCAUGUACUAGCACGUUAUUGCACUCGCCUACAGAAUAUUCCGAUGAACAUCAACAGCAGCAACAACAGCUGCAGCAGCAAGAUCAACAGCAUAUGCACGCCUCAGCAAGACGAGCUUAUCAUCAGCAAAGGGAGCAACUGGUACCACAAUUGUACAGCAUAGCACAGAGGCAGACGCAGGCACAGAGUCUUCAAACGCCACACUUAUUGUACACAGGUCGCAGUCCUGUUAACUGCAACUUAUCUGCUGAUACUGUUGGGGGGCAGCAACAGUCUUCACUUGGCGCCAGCAAUCCAUGUGCUGAUGGGCUAACUUCACUAGCUAGCCAAUAUCUGUACGGCAGCAAAUCGUCACUGGACCAACAUCCAACAGACUGGGAGUCGCGUAAACAGCGGCUGCGUGGGGAACGUGAACGUGAAAGAGAGCGAGAACAAGAACAAGAACGUGAGCAAAUGCUUCUGGAACAGCAACAGCAUCUGCAGCUGAAGGAUGCACAUGCGGGACGCGGUAACCACCUUAGUCCCCUUGCGGUAGCACAACAACAGCAGCAGCGCAAACGACACGUCAACACCGACGAUCGAGAACACCGGUUAAUCAAUAAUGAAUCCUCUGAAAGUUGGCAACAUCUACGUGUUACGACCGAGUCAAGCACUCUGACGCCGGAGGAGAUCAGGAGCAGCAAAGAGCAGACCGCUAAUCAGACGCAGCCUGGUAGCCAAGGUCGUUCGCAUGUCAUACUAGAGCCACAUACGCGACGCAUGCUCGACGAUGGCGCUACAUAUCGGGAUGGCUGGCAACUGGAACGCAACUACACCCUGGCUCUGGAGCCGCGCCAUGGCAUCAUAGAAUAUGAAGGCUCACCCAGACGUAUUGGCAUUGCGACCAACAGUACAUCCGCUGCAGGCGAAGCCGAGCUGCCAGUUGGCACAAUAACAGCAAAACCUGCUGCAACUGCAGCUACACCAACAAUGGCACCAGUGCAGCCCAUAAAUUAUAACACAAGUGCGGCAAACUCUUUGCAAAAGACGCCGGCACGAACUGCACUUUCAGCACUGGUCCAAUGCCAACCGCCGCAGGCAUAUCCAGUUCGGCCUGGUUUUCCACAGCGCAUAAUUUCGCCACCGCGUGAGCUUCGAACUAGCUCGCCCACACAACAGCAUCAGCAGCUUUACAGCAAUGGCAGCAACCAUAGCAUUAACAACAACAACAACAAAGCAUCAUGCGGCGACAACAAUGCCGAAGAUACGAGCAAUGAUGUCUCCGAAAUUGGUACCAUAUCUGACCAAACUACGCCAGAGGCCGCCAUCACGGCCACGGCGAAUGAGUUAACGAGCUGUGCGGAUAUUUCACCGCCACCCAUAGUAGUAACAACAACCACAGUUGCUAGAACACCGCCAUUGGCUGCGACCCUAGCAACAGCAAUCACUAGCAACUCCUCGACCAUGGGUACAACUCUCACAACUCCAGGUCCAUUGAGACUGCAUCCUAAAUCCUCAACUUUUGAUUACCUCUACGAAUUCUCUGAGACGCGUAAAGUAUUAGAAGAGUUCUUUAAAUGCCCGUCAAACGACGAACAACCAAUCGUGGAGAACAGCAGCGAUGUGGACAGCAUUGACAUACAGUACGAAUUUCAUAGCAACUUUGAACGUGACGAGGAGGAGGAUGUAGAGGAGGAGGAGGAAGAGGAAGAGGAUGCAGAGAAUGAAAACGAACAUGUCGAGCAAGAUUAUUGCCAGCAACAGCAGAAGAAGGACCAACAACAACAAUUCAUGCAACAACCGAACACUACGGAGCGCCAUGUCUAUGGCGCGUAUACGCAACCACAGUUGCAGAUGCAGUCGCAAUUACAACUACAGGCGCAGCUACAGUCCCGGCCAGCACAACUGCCACGGCAUUACAGCGGCAGUCCUCUAUUGCGCGACUUUGAUUUUUUCCUGGACUCAGCCAGUCACAGCAGCGGCGAGCGAGAAGGUGAACAGGAUGGGCUCAAUCACAACCAGCUGCUGAGCAACUGUAGCGGCAGCGGCUUGGGUCAGAGCGCAGGCCAGAUCGUGAGUGUUGGCUUGACGGGCGGACACAACUAUCGCUACUCACCGGAGACCACUGACUAUGACUCCAACUGCGGCGAUCUUGACAGCCUCUCGGGCGAGAUGAAUGGCGGCGUGUCGACAUCUUGUUCAAACUACGCCAAGUACUAUGCCUCGGCUAUGCCCGUGCUAGAGGAUGGACUUUCUUCGGGUCACACCAGUGACACAGAUAAUAACAAUAAGAACCAACAGAAACCUAGCGGCCAGGCAAACCAGAUAAAGGAACUAAGUCAAGGUCACGGUCAGGAUCAAGGUCAGAGUCAGAAUCAGAGUCAAGAUCAAGGCAAUCUAAGCACCAGCACCAGCAUUGGAGGUGGCAUCUCCAUGCUAAUGGACAUGAAGCGUAUCUCAACUAACAAUAGCUUAAAUAGCAUGCACAACCUGACUAUCUCCACCACGGACAGCAACGAGGUCGGCCCCCAGCUCAGCCACACGAGUCCUAGCAACGGAAACCCCAAGCAACAACAACAACAACAACAACAGCAACCGUCGCAGUUAGCACAUCAACGAGAGCUUCUUGGUCAGAGCCCCAGCAGUAACAGCAAUAGCAAAGUGUUCAAAAACAUUGAUCCAGAAUUGGAUUCGCUCUACUCCAUCAGUAUUUUUCACCGUCCGGACAUGGUGCAGAUGACACCACCACCGCCGGCUCCGGCACCGCAUCGCAAACCAAAGAGCAGCGCUGAAGUAGAUCUGCUGCUGGCCGCUGGGCAGGGCAGUAAGCACACAUCGCUGAAUGCGGUCAUCGGGUCGACGUUGCAGCGAAGCUCUCCCACCGCCUGCAUAGGCGUUGGCAGCGGUAAUGCAAAAUCGCGCAACACCGGCAACAAUUGCAGCAGUAAUAGCAUAAUUGGUGGUGGAAUGGGUGGUGUGGGUGGAGGUGCUGGUCCUGCGCCGCCACCCAUACCUGAGCGGAGCAACAUGCAGCCGGUGCAACGCUCGCCCUCGCCUGUGAUAAGCUCGCCCAUAUGGCUGUCACGGCAUCUGGACGGAGGCGCUGGUAAGGCAGUACUCGAAUCAAGCUCUGACAACCACUCGAAGAACCAUAGCGCCGACGAAGAGGAUGUGGACACGGAUCUCGAAACUGACCGUCUGCUGGGCCAUCAACGUCUGGACGAUCAGGGCUACUAUGAUGAGAACAAAGGCUGGGAUCGCAAGCCGCGUAGCUCACUGCUCUCCAAAAUAUCGCCGAAGCAACAGCAAAUGCCCAGCACCAAGACACGCAACGGUUACAAUGCGUUGCUUAGCUCGACGCCUGAACUGCCGCCGCCCAUUCCAUCCAAGAGCUCAAAUAGCCUGGGCGGAUCGGGUACCGGUAAGCUGAUCGAUCUGGUUAGCGGUAGCAUCGGUGUCGAAAUUGGUUCCGGCAUUGGCGUUGGUGUCUGCGCUGUACAGAAGAGCCAUUCAGGCAACUCCUCGGAGCUCAGCCACAAAUCACCGAUAAAAGUUGCCGGUAACGGCCAUGAUAUAUGUGGCAUGACAGCUACCACAGCUGCCGAUGUGGUCGCCUCUGCUGUGGUGAAUGCUGGCGGACUUCUCUCCCAUGGUAGUCCCAACACAGGAGGUGGCUCGGAGCGCUCAGCUCCAGCGCUUGCCAAGAUGGAUGUGGAAAAUGAGGGCAUCAAUAGCGGGGGCAUAGUUGGUGCUGCCAGCGGUGUGGCCAAUACUGUUAUGAAUAAUGGAAACAAUCCCACCAAUGGCACCGCUGCCAACAACAAUAACAAUAACAACAAUGUUCCCAUUGGCAGCAACAACAGCUGCGGCAAAGUGAAAAAGAGUAAGAGCAAAGAAGGCGGUGCAGUGCUCAUUGAAGGCGUUCUAUUUCGGGCGAAAUACUUGGGCUCCACGCAGCUCGUCUGUGAGGGCCAACCCACAAAAUCGACACGGAUGAUGCAGGCUGAGGAGGCCGUGUCUCGUAUCAAGGCACCCGAUGGCGAUGUGCAACCCAGUACUGAGGUGGAUUUGUUUAUCUCGACGGAGAAGAUAAUGGUGCUGAACACCGAUCUCAAGGAAAUCAUGAUGGAUCAUGCUCUGCGUACCAUCUCCUAUAUAGCCGACAUUGGGGAUCUAGUGGUACUGAUGGCACGGCGGCGUUUCGUGCCACAGGACAUCGAUGAUGCGCCGAAACCCAAUCGCACACCCAAAAUGAUAUGCCACGUGUUUGAAAGUGACGAAGCGCAGUUCAUAGCACAGUCGAUUGGGCAGGCCUUCCAAGUGGCUUACAUGGAGUUUUUAAAGGCUAAUGGCAUUGAGGAUCAUCGGUUUGUUAAGGAAAUGGAUUACCAGGAGGUGCUUAACAGCCAGGAGAUCUUUGGCGACGAGCUCGAGAUAUUUGCCAAGAAAGAGCUACAAAAGGAGGUAGUUGUGCCCAAAGCCAAGGGCGAAAUACUUGGUGUGGUUAUUGUCGAAAGCGGUUGGGGCUCCAUGCUGCCCACAGUCGUCAUUGCGAAUCUCAUGAGCUCUGGCGCUGCUGCACGUUGCGGCCAGUUGAAUAUUGGCGAUCAGCUGAUCGCCAUAAACGGCCUAAGCCUGGUCGGACUACCGCUCUCCACUUGCCAGACAUACAUCAAGAAUACUAAAAACCAAACCGUUGUCAAAUUCACUGUUGUGCCCUGUGCGCCAGUCGUCGAGGUCAAAAUCAAGCGUCCAGAGACCAAAUAUCAACUGGGUUUCAGCGUGCAAAAUGGCGUGAUCUGCAGUCUGCUGCGUGGUGGCAUUGCGGAGCGGGGUGGCGUUCGUGUCGGUCAUCGAAUCAUUGAGAUCAACAACCAGAGCGUAGUGGCUGUACCUCAUGAGAAGAUCGUCAAUUUGUUGGCCACAUCGGUGGGCGAGAUUCUGAUGAAAACAAUGCCCACUUCAAUGUUCCGUUUGUUAACCGGCCAGGAGAACCCCAUAUAUAUUUAAACGAUAUCAAUCG